CGAAAAGAAAAACGUUUCCUCCCCCACAAAAGUAGUGGACUGAGCCUUUAAAAAUAGGCGUCUGUAGCGCGGGUAACUCUCCUCUUUGAAGAAAACAAUUUGCAGCACCCACAAACUACUUCCAGUGGCUAUGGACUCGACUGUUUCUCCUGGUUUCAAUAUACUGUUAUUAAAAAGAGAAAGUAGAAGUGUCUAGUAGCUAGAGAACCUGUUCAGAACAGGGGUUGUCUUACAACGACAUAGACAGGGCUCUAUACUCCAGAACUAAAACCCUCCCCUGUACACCGGAGGCACCACAACACCAGCGCAGCGAAAAUACACAAGGUGUUUUUGGACAGUUCAAGGGACGCAGAAACGCUCAACAGUGAAAGAUGAAGAUGCUGUGGUAUCUGUCUGCUCUGCAGCUGUUCCUGGCUCCAGCUCUCCUGCUACCCAAUGGGGACUACUGGGAGGAAUGGAGUCCCUAUGGAGAAUGUAGUCGGAGCUGUGGGAGUGGGGUUACCAGGAGAACCAGGAGAUGUGUCAGCCAGAGGACUGACGGAGGGAAUAACUGUGUGGGACCAGACAAGUCCUACAGCUCCUGUAAUAUCCAGGAUUGCCCAGAGGGAUCUCGGGACUUCAGAGAGGAGCAGUGUUCUCAGUUUGAUGGAUCUGACUUCCAGGGAAAACGAUACAAAUGGCUCCCAUACUAUGGAGCUGACAACCUGUGUGAGCUGAACUGUAUGCCCAGAGGAGAGAACUUCUUCUACCGCCACAGGACAGCUGUGGCCGACGGCACGCCCUGCCACCCCGGGAGGAAGGAUGUCUGUGUUGAUGGAGUCUGUAAGCGUCUGGGCUGUGACAACAUGCUGGAAUCCCCCCAGCAGGAGGACCCCUGUCUGCAGUGUGGGGGCAACGGACAGUCCUGCUACCCCGUCAGGAGCACCUUCAGCAUGACCAACCUGCCCAAAGGCUAUAACCAGGUGUUUAUCAUCCCUGUGGGAGCCACCUCCAUCCAGAUCAGAGAGACUGUUGCCACUCGUAAUUACCUGGCCGUUAAGAACCUGCGUGGUGAGUACUACCUGAACGGCCACUGGGUGAUUGAGUUCUCUAGGACCACUCCAGUAGCUGGCACCAUGCUAUACUACCAGAGAGGGGCUGAGGGAGAGAUGACUCCUGAGACCAUCAUCGGUCGUGGACCCACCACCGAGCCGCUGGUUAUAGAGUUGAUCAUCCAGGAACAUAAUCAGGGAGUAGAGUACGAGUACUACCUCCCUAACGGUCGGUCCAGAGAGGGAUACUACUGGAGCUUCGGCUCCUGGUCUACCUGCAGCAGAGAGUGUGGAUCAGGCUACCAGUCCCGUCUGGUGUUCUGUGCCAUCGAUAACGAGGCCUACCCAGACUACCUGUGCACCGCCCUGCCACGCCCCCUCACCAACCGCACCUGCAACCCUCAGACGUGCCCUCAGACCCGUCGGAUGGCGUAUCUGUAUCAGCCAAAUGCGUGGACGCCCUCUGAAAGCCCCAGAACAUAUGUGUACAGCUGGACAACAGGUGAGUGGAACGCAUGCUCAGUGUCGUGCGGCGGUGGUUCCCAGGUGCGCAGCGUGCAGUGUGUCUCCCAUGAUGCAUCGGGGCCCCGCGUGGUGGAGGACGGCGUCUGUGCAGCCUACACUCCAGCCCCGCCCACCCUGCAGACCUGUAGCAUGCAGCUGUGUGCCUCCUGGAGGGCCUCUGCCUGGAGCCUGUGUUCAGUAACAUGUGGGACAGGGGAUCAAUCCAGAGAGGUGAUGUGUGUAGGAGAAGCAUCAGUCCAGCUAGCAGACACCUCCUGCUCCGCCUCACUCCGCCCUGUAGCCGCCCAGCCCUGCUCCAUGCCCGCAUGCCUACUGGCUGUCAGCUGGCACGUUGGAGACUGGGGACUGUGCUCUAAGAGCUGUGAGUCAGGUCUGCGUGAGCGCCAGGUGAUGUGUUCUGACAGAGAGAGGAACCUGUACCCAGUGGAACGUUGUAACUAUGUCCCCAAACCCCUCACAUUGGAGACCUGCAACACACAGCCCUGCUACCACCCACAAGCGACCCCCAGUAUGCAGGAUCCCAGAGGACAUGACAACACACAGUAUGGUUUCACUCCCUACAUGCCAGACCACGCCACAGUCCACAGACCAGACAGUGUUGACCCCCAGACCAGCACAGUGUACCACCCUCACGGCUUCGGGCCGGCCCAACACUGUAGCCAGUCCUACUACGGCUGCUGCCCAGACGGCGCCACGGCAGCUGGGGGGGCAGGGGGUCUAGGCUGCCCACAGGUGUCCCGCUGGGCUCCACGCCCCGAGCAGGCUUUCUGCACAACCACCAGGUAUGGAUGUUGCAGGGAUGGUGUGACCGUAUCACAGAGGCCCAACAGGGAAGACUGUCUGGAAUAUGUUCCUCAAGCUCCUCCUCCAGCUGAGAACAGUAUCCAGUGUCGCCUGACCACCUACGGGUGCUGUUUCGACCGUAUGUUCGUAGCCGCAGGUCCCAAUGGAGAGGGCUGCCCCAACCCACCAUACAACGUUCCCAGAACCACCUGUUCUCUGCCCAAGGCGGCCGGCUCCUGCAGUGGCUGGACGGGACGAUACUUCUACGACGUCACCGCCUCCAGGUGCUCCCACUUCUGGUACGGCGGCUGCCACGGCAACAACAACAACUUCCUGACGAUUGCCGAGUGCCAAAGGACGUGCCCCGGUGCCCAGGUCAACCAGAUGAGCCAACCCAGUAGCCAAUCAAUCCAGACGAUUCAGCUGAGUCAACCCAGUCAGCCGGGAACAGGUCAGGACAUGAGCAAGGUCUUGACGGUGCAGCGCGGCAGCUCAAGGGGCUCAACCGGCGGGCGCCAGGGGACUAGCGCUGCCGACCACGCCCACCGGGCCAGAGUCCAUGUCCGCCGCCCCGCCCCCUACGGCGUCCUGCACGAGGUAGCGAGAUAAGAACCCGAGGACCGUCCAGGGGCGUCUAGCCAUGCCCACCCCUGCUGCCUCCGCCCGCUGCCCCGCCCGCGCGCUGCCCCGCCCCCAGCCAGCCGCCUGGCUAGGUGACGCUUCAACCCUGAGAAGGAAGCUGAGAUGAGCCAGUGAGAAACAAAGAAGCUUAACAACAUCCCACAGACCAAAGACAGACUUACACACACACACGCACGCACGCACACACACACAAACACAUGUUAACAGGAUGUAUACAGUGAGCUCUAAAAGUAUUGGCACAUUUGUUGUUGUUUUGGCUCUGUACUCCAGCACUUUGGAUUUAAAACGAUACAAUGACUAUGAGGCACAAAUAUCAUAACCCCCCCUUGUAAUGGUGAGAGGUUAGCAUGUCAUAGGGGUAUGAUAUGAAAUGCUAACCUCCCCUGUUAUUGUAAUGGGGAGAGAUUAGCAUGUUUUAGGGGUAUGAUAUGAAAUGCUAACCUCCCCUGUUAUUGUAAUGGUGAGAGGUUAGCAUGUCGUAGGGGUAUGAUAUGAAGUGCUAGCCUCCCCUGUUAUUGUAAUGGUGAGAGGUUAGCAUGUCGUAGGGGUAUGAUAUGAAAUGCUAACCUCCCCUGUUAUUGUAAUGGUGAGAGGUUAGCAUAUGGUAGGGGUAUGAUAUGAAAUGCUUUACGAGGUUAGCGAGGUUAGCAUUUCAUAUCAUACCCCUACGACAUGCUAUGAUAUUUGUGCCUCAUAGUCAUUGUAUCGUUUCAAAUCCAAAGUGCUGGAGUACAGAGCCAAAACAACAACACAUGUUUCACUGUCCCAAUACUUUUAGAGCUCACACACACACACACACACACACACACACACACACACGCAAAUACUGUAUAUAUCAAGCCCACUAUCGCCACACUGCGCUACCACAGAUACCUCUCUCACACAGCGACACACAUGCUUGACCUAUAGCUUUUAUAACUUUUCAUCUUGACUAUAAUCCCAGAUGGUGUUUACCUGACAGCGGCCAUAUUGGACAGUGCCAUCUAUACCUCUGUUGUCCCAGAGAUGAAUCAUAUUUUACUGUCCAUGUUAUCGGUCAUCGCCACGUCUGUGUGACUUUCUGGUGUCAUUCAAUAAAACUGAUAUGUCAUUCAAUUAAAAAAA